UUAGAUCUCGAUUUGUUUUAAUAAGAGAACGUGUGACUAAUUUUCGUCUUUCAAUCAAAUUUUUACGCAUUUAGUUUUUAGUUUCACAAAUUUAUUAGACCUAAAGCUGUAAUAAUUAGACUAUAGUUAUUACAGAAGUUUCGUUUUUAAUUUAUCACUAUUAAUAAUAAUUCUCUUGAUCUUGACACCUGGAGGCUGAAAUUUACAUUUUUAGUAAUAUAACUUGCAAUAAAAUUUUAUAGGAAGAAAAUUUGUAACUCUGAUAGGCAACGCAUAUCAAUGGAGAUAUAUACCUUUGACAAAAGUCUUCAAGAAAGGCUAGUUGAAUUAACAGAAAUUUUAUCUAGUAGAGGAGAAAUUGUACCUGCAUCACAAAUUCAGGCAGAAUGGUCCUACCAUAUAGAACUUGUUCUAGAACCUGUCGGCUGGCAAGCAUUAUGGAGAAUACCACGUUUAGUGUGCGAAGAUUUUCAUAUUCAUUAUCCUACUAUUGUGGUAGUAGAAGUUGAGCAAGUUGAUUUCUGUGAUCUAUCUGCAUUGGUGAAAAUAACUGCUGUUCAAGAUGAAAUUCAGUUACCUGAAAAAUACGAUGUAGCACUUAUUGAGCUUUAUCCAACUCAUAAUCAGGAAAACACCGCUUUGGAUAUGGUGGGUACUGCGUCCUGCCUCGAUCAGCUGAGAUUUUUUUAUAAAUAUUUAUGGAUGCCAUGGGACAUAGAUGACGAUGAUAACGUCGAUUGGGUGUCUGUACAUUUGGAGACAAGAAUUAGAUUGUUCUUCGACAUGAAAAGGCUUGUUGUUAGUAAAGAAACUAGCGAUAUCAUUAGAGGUUUAGUAAGGGAAGGAAGGGAGAUCGAAGAGAAGAUAUCAAGACUAGAGGAUACUAUUUCUGAGGGAGAAGAAUCAGAGAAUGAUAUAGUGGAUGGGGGGACAGCAUGUCAGUUGAUGAAACUUCAUUUUCGAUUGCAACAAAUUAAAAGGGAGAUGGAAGUUCUUGAAAACCCAGCUAUGAGAGAAAUUCUUACGAAUCAGAACUCGUCUUUGGAUGAUAAAAUAGAGAAAAGAAAAAGUACAGAAACGUGCAAGGAAGGCUAUUUUGUGUGGCUCGGUGGAACUCUUGAGGAAAUGAAGGCAAAAAUAAACAAAGUUCAAGCUUCUUUAUCCCCAGAAUUAUUUUUUAAAAUAUCUGGGUCUUUGUUAGAAACUCUACAUACGUGCGACACAGGAGAUGUCAUUAUAGUUGGAAAAGGAACUCAUCGAAUAAAAGGAGCUGGUAGAUUGGAAGAUGGAGGUACCAUUAGAGGAAUUGAUAGCUUAGAACAUACCAUUCUUAAUAUGAAAGACACAGAAACUGCACCGUCGUUGCUUGAUUUCUCUGGCAGUGAAGUUUUACUAGAAAAUAUUACUGUAGAUGUGGGUGAUCUUAGAGCAGCUGUAAUAGUGAGAGUUGGAACCACAAAAAUAAUUAAUUGUAAAAUAUGUGCCUUAAAUCAGAGUAUGGUGAAAUUAGGAGUCGUGGUUUUACCGGAUGCAAAACUAAUAAUAGAAAACACACUCUUUGACAGUCUUGGGACAGGUCUAGUCAUCUAUAGUAACGGAGAAGUGUUUAUGAAUAAUUGCAACUUUACAAAUUGCGCAGAGGGUAUACAGAUUCAUGACAAUGCAAAAUUAACAGCAAAAAAUUGUUCUCUCACACAUUUUAAGGAAUACGCUAUUCGAUUAGAAACGCAAAAAUAUUUAAACGAUACAAAACGUAAAUGUGGUAGCCUUGAAUUAUUAGAAAAGGUACCUGAAAUUUCUCUAUAUGGUUGUAAGUCCGAGGGUAAUGGCAAAGGAGAUGUUAUAUUGAAGCAGACCACAUCAUUUGUUUUAAGAAAACAAGAUGAAUCUAUGGAGACUUAGAGUAACUUUUCCUAUUAUAACUGAAUUUUCUAUUUUUGUUAUAAGAGGGCAUGUAAUUCUUGAAUCUCUGAGAAAUAUAAUUAUACACUUUUUUAUAUGAA